UCCAUCGCAAGUGCCGUUGGAGGAGGAGGAGGAGGAAGGCGACUUGGCUGCCUCCUCCCCAUCAUCUUUUCCCCGACCCUCCCAAUGGGACUCGGUUCAGAAACUCUCUGGGCACGAAGAAUGGGACUAACAUUGUAGGGUUGCCUUGAUCUUCGACGCAUCCAAUACCUGGGAGAAGCCAAAGCUGACUUCCCCACUAACCAAUGUCCGGAAAUGGUGAUGGCACAGUUACAAGUCCGUCUGAGGCAACUCUGCCCAGAGUUGAAGUUCUGCCCGAGCAGCCCAAAUAUGUGUGUACGCUGUCUGCUGAGCUUAUUGCCAAGGCACGAGAAGAAUUGCAGGAAAAACCGGAGUGGCGACUUCGAGAUGUACAGGCUCUCAGAGAUAUGGUGUGCAAAGACUAUCCUAACCUUGGGACAUGUCUAGAUGAUACUUUCCUGCUUCGGUUCCUUAGAGCCCGGAAAUUUGAUUAUGACCGGGCGCUACAGCUUCUUGUGAACUACCACUGCUGUAGGCGCAGCUGGCCUGAAGUCUUUACUAAUCUGAGACCGUCUGCUAUAAAGCCUGUAUUAGAAUCUGGGUUUGUCACUGUGCUUCCUCACUUAGACUCUGAAGGACGUCACGUAGUCUGCAUUCGCCCAGGUAACUGGACACCAAGUAACUACCCAAUUACUGAAAACAUCCGUGCCAUUUACUUAACUCUAGAAAAGCUCAUCCAGUCCGAAGGGACUCAGGUGAAUGGAAUUGUGAUCCUUGCAGACUACAAAGGAGUCAGCUUAUCUAAGGCCUCCCAUUUUGGUCCUUUCAUAGCCAAAAAGGUGAUUGGAAUUCUUCAGGAUGGCUUUCCCAUUAGAAUAAAAGCUGUCAACAUAAUAAAUGAACCUCGCAUUUUCAAGGGCAUUUUUGCAAUCAUCAAACCUUUUCUGAAAGAGAAAAUAGCAAAUCGGUUCUUUCUCCACGGAUCAGACGUGAGCUCUCUCCAUCAUAAUCUUCCACCCAGGAUCCUCCCUGAAGAAUACGGGGGCACGGCUGGGAGCCUGGACAUCUCGGCCUGGAAUGACCUGCUGCUGGCCUCAGAGAGUGACUUCCUGUAUGACGCUGCCCACCUGGCUCCCUCCAGUGACCCUUCACCUGAUGCCCCGUUAAUGAGUGCAGAGGUUGACGAGAAGCAGUGCGAUGACUCCUUGCGAAGCUUGAAAACGCAGCUCUAUUACUGCUAUUAAAUGGGCAGGGAACGCUUCCCAAGGGUCCCCUCCCGGGUCACAAAGAGAUUACGAACUCUGCCUUGUUCUUGAAACUGGAGCCUUGUUGAGGCACUUUACAUUGGAACCAAAGCAAAUUAAAAAGGAAGAGGAAAUGGGGCAAGGUAGAGUUCUGUGGGAAUGUGGUAGAUGGCGAUCGGUUUGAGCCUCCUCGAAAUUUGGGGCUUAGUGACCCUUCUUGUUAAAAGAAUAACAUAUACUGAUGCAAAUUGAGGAAUCCUGCUAACACUGUGCUCCUAAACGCAACUGAUUUGGAAGAAAGUCGCAUUGGAAAUGGAGGGCGUCUUGCUCCCCAAAUACAUAAGUUAGCAUCACAGUGCUGGAUUUGCCACUGUGGGGGUGUGACAUAUGGACAAAAGUCCUUGGAAUUGCAGCCAGCAGUGAGGUUCAAGCUUGAGCCUCUGCUAGUUGACAUUGGUUGAGGGGGGUGCCAAAUAGCAGAGCAGCUUCCAGGAGACCCCUUUCGGUUGCCGAAUUCAUACUCUUCUCCCAGUUGUCACUUUCCCAACUAUUCAGUGGUUUCACCACUUAAAUGCAACAGAGGUUUGUUGCUUGCAAGGAAUAUUACCCCGGGGUGGGGGGGACUUAAAUUGCACCUUGCAUUAGUGGGUUAGCAAAUGCCAGUAGUUAUAAUAAAACGCAAGCAUUUGCGAACCCUGCUAACUUUUGAAUUUGUUCAGCAGCUAGGACCAACUUUGGAGGGAGAGAUAUUUUGCACAGUUGUUCCGUUGUAAGUUAAUGCCCUGUCACUGUUGUAGAAUAACCCCUUUUACGGUAGGUCUUGCAGAGGGGAGACGUGCAGAGAACUGUUAAUAGCUGUAGUUGUAAAGUCGAGGGAGAUGCUGUUUUAGUUACCUUUAUUUUUGGGAGAUAGGAUUUUUGAACUAGUCUUUGUAAACCAAGUGUAGACAGGGUAUUCUAUAAGCACAACUAUCAGGUUUCUAAAUGUUCCCGAUUAGUCACAUAGAUCUCAAUGCUACUUUCGCUUUGACUUCCUUGGUGAAACCUAUUACUAGUCUCGUCCCCAGGACCAUAUCCUAUUGUGCAGCAGUGCCGUAGAGCCUUCUGUAUGGUUGAAGUUCAACUUCCUAGACCUUCCCGGACCCUCCCUUUGAGUUAUCUCACAUGGAACUGACUUCUUGCUCGAAGAAUUGAGUUGUAGAUCUGUGUGAAGUACAUGAUUAAUAGAACAUGGGAAAGCACAGAUUGAAAUCUUAAUGCACUGACUGCUGUUCUAUAGUCUUAGGGGAGCAGGUCAAGAUUAUUUUCACCACCUCAUACUUGUAGCACUUUUAAAAUACAUGUGGUAGAGUGGGGGGGGGAGAGAAGGGAAUGUGGGGGGGGGGCAUUUACUUAGUGCCAACUACAGACCAGAAACUGGUGCUUAUUGUAAAUACAAAAUAGGGUCUUCAGAAGUGGGACCGUUUUCUUGUGUGUGCCAAGUUGUAGUUGCCUUUUUAUUGUUUCCAGAUCUCAUAGAAGGUUCCCGCUGUUGCCAAAAGAGGGAGGCAGUUCAUUUUCCCUCUGAUGUACUGCUUGAAUUAGUCUUUUCUCCCCCUCCCCCCCCAACCCCUUCUGUGACUUUCAUGUAUAGUAUUACUUUUAAGUGUCAAAGCAAGACAGGGAAUUAUUCUCUAAUGUUGAUUGGAACUCCCUUGAGGUUGCAGGUGGAUGAGAGGUUUUCAUCCUUUCCUACCCCCCCCCCCUUUCUGAAACAAUAACAUGUCCGUCAUUCUAUGGAGAAUGGCAUGGAUAUCACCAGAAAUGGUGCUUGCUGUAUAAACAAAACCCACAAAAAAGCUGCAUUUAACUACCAUGAGGGGGUUGACCAUUUUUUCCGUGGAAUAUCCAUGUAUGCUUAUCUGGAUUGUGAUGUUUGGCCUUCAGUAAGUGGGUCUUACAAGCACAGAUGACUUGUUGGGAGGAAAGGAAAUUUUAGUAAGUAUUAAGAAACUCCGCUAGUCUAACACUGUUCAGAUAAGCACGGCCCUUCUAGUAUGCCUUUGGAAUAGUAAAAAAGGAUUGGCCUACAACUGUCUCCCUAGACCAGAGCAUAAGCUAAUAUCUGAAAAAGGAAAGAGGUGUGUGUUUUGGGGGAGGGAGCCACUAUUAAAAAGACUAGUGAAGCCUCCUUGAAACCUUACUAUUAUAUUAAAUGUAAAGCUGACCAGCAAGACAUUUACCGUGUGGCUAGACAUAUGCCCGGUAUCUCAUUUUAAGGGAGGCAUUUCAUGUGUGUUAUUAGUCCAGUGGUGGAUUUGCAGCAUGAUAACAUUUCACAGUCAGCUGCCCUGCAUGGGCACAAGCCUCUGUUAAGAGAUGCUGGGUAGAUGCGGGUCAGCUGUCCUUGCUCUGAUUAACAUUUAAACUGGUCCAGAAGAGAAAUUGCAAGCCCAAUGUGUUUCCUUUAGAAGUCUUUGAGGACAGAGUUUUAGCAUCCUUUUUUCACGCUGCAAACUCUAUCCUUGGGAAGAUGAGUGCGAGAGUUCUUUAAAUCCUACUAACCUUUGCAUCAUUGUAAGGUUCAUACAUUUUGGUGACUGAGAACAGCCUUUAUGGGUCUGUUAGAGGCUAGAUUUUUUUCUUUCAACUUUUCAGGUACUGUACCUUGGUACUUGGAACAAAAGGCUUGUAGAGGUUGUAUUUACCUGUAUCUGGUUAUUUUUUGUAGGUGUUGUCUUAUUAAUGGAGCCUACUCUGAACCAUCUUCCACCCAUGCCUCUUCAGACCUCACGGUUGUGUUUCCUGCGACUCACAUCUGUUCUGUAGUAGCUGCCUCAGAGGUACCUCCAAGGAACAGUCAGCCGCCUACAGCACUUGAGAGCAACCGUAUUACCACUGAGGUGUUAGCAUAGUGAUAACAGCUUAAGGCAUUAUACCCCCCAUUAGGGCAUUGGAUUAUUUUGGGUGGAGAGGAAAACAAACCUGCUGUCCCCUUACGACCUUGGAUUAUAAGGUACUUUUGCAGUAUUGAAUUUUCCAAAUCCACGCAGACCAGUUGCAUUAGAGCUAUUCAUUGCCAUAAGAGACAAUGGUAGUCACACCACAGUUAUCAAAUUGCCUUUAACACUGCUAACAUAGGAAGAUAACUAUUUCUGCAAGUUGAAAUACUUGAAUUUAUACUGCAGCUAAACGUGCAUUUAUAAAGCCCGAGACUUUUUUCCCAUAAGGUGGUUGAGGUGCUUUGUUUGUACUAUACUGUCCGUCAACGACUUUUUGGCAUUUUACUCGGUAAUAGAUUUCAGACUAACUUGUUUUGCCUUUUGCUGUUACGUAGAAUUCAGGUGUUUGGUUCUAGUAUACACCUUUUGAGAAUUUAUUUUUAUAUUGCAUUUUAUAAAACAAGUGGUGAAAGUAACUCUGUGCAUGAGUGGAUAUUAAAAUAAUCCUACUUCAAAA